AUGGUGUUGACAGUGAGAGGCGACGGGCGGCCAGUUUUACAUGUUUGAAUACAUGACAGGACCAGGUGAAAUUACAUUUAUACGCGCCGGACACAACAGUACUGCAACCACACUGUUUGUGGAGGAAGACGACGUCGCCAGGCCGAGGACAACAUUAACGUUACUGAUGGAAUUCCCAGUCGUUGCUAGAUGGAGAAACCGAAAGGGUGGACUCGUUAUUAAUAAUUAAAAAACACCCUAUCUGCUGCUAAACUAUAAGGAAAAUGCAUCUGCAUCAGGUGCUGACGGGAGCUGUAAACCCUGGAGAUUGCUGCUAUUCGGUGGGAAGCGUGAAUGACAUUCCUUUCACGGCCUAUGGAUCAGGUUGUGAUGUAGUGAUUCUGGCCAGUGACUUUGAGUGCGUGCAGAUUAUCCCGGGAGCUCAGAAUGGAAACAUACAGGUGGGCUGUGUGGAGUGCUCCCACCAGCUUGGCAGGAUUGCUGCGUCCUACGGAAACACAGUCUGCAUCUUUGAGCCUCUUUCUACCAACCCAAACAAACGCCACAAGCAGCUUAACUAUCAGUGGCAAAAGACGGGACAGUUCUUCCUCGAUGCCAUCACCUACAACCUGGCCUGGGACCCACAAGGGGACCGUAUCCUAGCAGCAACUGAGCAGCUCCAGCUGUGGGCUCCUCCACUAAAAGAUGCACUGAUAGAGGAGGAGGAUGGACAGUUGACUGAAGACAAGCCCCACCCUGUCCUCAAUGACUGGAACUGUGUCUGGCAGUGCAAGACUGCUGCAUCUGUUCACAUUGCCAAGUGGUCUCCUGAUGGGGAGUACUUUGCAACAGUUGGAAAGAAUGACUGUUUACUUAAGGUGUGGUAUCCCACCACGGGCUGGCGUUCUGCAGUGGUGGCCCACGACCACUCCGAUAAAAAGCCACUUCCUGUGCACUUCUCCUUUGUUUACCUGGCACAUCCUCGCAUGGUCACCGGUAUGUCCUGGAGGAAGACCAGCAAGUACAUGCCCAAGUGUUCGGUAUGCAAUGUGUUGCUGACAUCCUGCGAGGAUGGCGUGUGUAGGUUGUGGUCCGAGACCCUGCUACCGGAAGACAACCUGCUUGGAGGACAGAUCUCUGAGAACACACACUCCUUCAGCUCUAGUCUGCCAGGCCUGGCAGGCAAUAAGGACAAAAUCCAGCAUGCUUUAGAAUCAAUCCACCACCUGAAGCAUCUGCGCCGGGGCCGGCGACGGUCCUCUGCUCUGGUGGCACACAGUGAGCUGCUGCCCUCUCAGCUUGGCACGCAGGACACACACACUCACCGCCACAUCGCUCAUCAUGCCAAUGCCCUGUGUCACUUCCAUAUCUCAGCCAGUAUUAACCCCAAUACAGAUAUCCCAGCAGUGCUGGCUGAAUCUGCAGUGUUCAACCCAGACGAUGGCAGUGGUGGUGGUGGCUUCGUCGUUCACUGGCUCAACAAUAAAGACCUAAGCUUCACUUCCUCAAUGGACCUCUUUAUGCUGCAGCUCCGUAAGUUAUCUGAACAGCAGAUGGACCACACUACUGAGGACCCCCUGGACCCCGAAGGAUCCCCUAUGAAGUUUGACUUUGACCUGGAUGACAUGUCUGACAAAGCGUCCUCAGAGCAGGGCGAAGAGGGUGAGACAGGGGAGCAGGGAAGCACCAAAGCGUCCUCCCCGGGAUCCAGCUCCAGCAUGCCUUUGCCCUCCAUGCUGCUGGAGAGGAAGAUGGAGACUCUGAUCACAGAGUGGAACAAGAGCCCAGACAUGUUGUUCACCAUCCACCCUGCCGACGGAUCUUUCCUGGUUUGGCAUGUGAAGUACUUGGACGAAUUCAACCAGGGCAUCUUCAGACAGGUUCAGGUGUCCUUCUCCUCCCGUAUUCCAGUGGCAUUUCCUACAGGUGAUGCCAACUCACUAAGUAAAAACAUCCUGAUGUACGCCUGCACUUUGAAUCAGGGUGAGAGUGCAAGUGCAGGGGAGCCGGGGAGGAUGGUCCAACGUGUGUCCCACUCUGCUUCAGCGUCGACCGGCCUGGGUUCAUCCGCACUGGUCCCCUCUCCCAACCCUGGCCUUGGCAUCAGUCCUGCUGUCAUGAUGGUCUCAAAGCAUGUCGAUGGAUCUCUCAAUCAGUGGGCAGUGAUAUUUGCUGAGCGCUCUGCCUUCUCCAACCUACUGACUGUAUCUCACAAGUUCCGGUACUGCGGCCACCGCUUCCAUCUGAACGACCAAGCCUGCCACACAGUGCUGCCACUGCUGCUGACCUCCUCUCACCAUAAUGCUCUGCUCACCCCUCCCUCAGCCCCUGGCAGCCUGGAAGAAGAGCUACCUACCUUUUCAAUACCAAAGGGAUUUCCCAGGAAGCAGCUUCGUAAUGCAGCUACAAGGACCUUCCAUGACCCCAAUGCCAUCUACAGUGAGCUGAUCUUGUGGAGGGUGGACCACAUUGGACCCCUGUCCUGCACUGGAGGGGUCUCUGAACUGGCCCGUAUCAACUCUCUGCACACCUCUGCGUUCAGCAAUGUUGCUUGGCUACCUACACUAGUACCCAGCUCUGUACUUGGAACUUACUGUAACAGUGCCAGCGCCUGCUUCGUGGCAUCAGAUGGUAAAAACCUGCGUCUCUAUCAAGCUGUGGUGGAUGCCAGAAAACUUCUGGAUGAGCUGUCAGACCCUGAAACGUCUAAACUGGUGGGCGAAGUGUUCAACAUCGUCAGCCAGCAGUCCACUGCCAGACCUGGAUGUAUCAUAGAGUUGGACGCCAUUACUAACCAGUGUGGCUCCAACACCCAGCUGCUGCAUGUCUUCCAAGAGGACUUCAUUCUAGGUUACAAGCCUCAGAAAGAACCAGAAGCAUACGCACCGGCCUUUCCAUCUGGUGAAGAUUACCAACCUGCCCCAUUCUCUGAGAAGUUCUUCCUGGUGGUGAUAGAAAAGGAUCUCAACAGGAACUCUGUCCUGCAGAUGUGGCACCUGCACCUCAAGUCUGUGCAGGCCUGUGUUGAUGAGCCGGGCCCAGAUUUUAGCUUCCAGACCCAGCUUAUGGUUCCCAAUCAAGUUGCGAAUGCUGAUUCAUCUCCGGAGACCUCACCUAUCAGACCCCUGCCUCGGUCAUCCUCGACAGCCAACUUGCAAUCAGCCAGCAAACUCAUCCUCAGCUCUAAGCUGGUGUACAGCAAGCGGCUCAACCUGCCCCACGGGGUGGAGGUUACCAGGGCAACCCCCUCUGCAGGUCAUUUGAGUUCCUCUUCCAUCUACCCUGUGUGCCUGGCUCCGUACCUGAUUGUCACUACCUGCUCUGACUCUCGCGUGCGCUUCUGGCGCUGUGCUGUAGAGGGUGAUGACGGGUACAGUGAGGAUGACCGGGACAACCACGCUUACCGCUGGGAGCCCUGGGCUCUGAUGAAUGAGGAGGAGGACAACAACAGUGCUGUGUGUGUGUCUGGACGGCCCGUUGCUGUGUCCUGCUCUUACAUCGGCAGGCUGGCCAUUGCCUUUAAAAAGCCACGACUAGGACAGCUGCAGGGUUCUGGAGAGGACUUCUCCAUGCAUGUGUCCAUCUAUGAGUGUGAAUCUACUGGUGGCUCAGAGUGGGUUUUAGAGCAAACUCUUCACCUGGACGACUUCACCAGACCCUCGUCAACCCUGGAUCCAAGAGUCAGUGUGGACUCCAACCUCUUUGUCUACAGCAGGUCUGACCUGUACAUGAGCAGAGACCAUAGCUCCCCCAACAUCAAGCACUACGUUCACUUGGACUGGCUGUCAAAGGAGGAUGGAUCUCACAUCCUCACUGUGGGCGUUGGAUCCAACAUUCUUAUGUACGGCCGUAUCUCUGGCGUCGUCAAUGAGCCGACUAGCAGCAAGGAGGGGGUGGCUGUCAUCACCCUUCCUCUAGGGGGCAGUAUCAAACAGGGCAUCCGCUCACGCUGGAUCCUUCUUCGGUCCGUGGACCUCCUGUCCUCCGUUGACGGCACGCCGUCUCUGCCAGUCUCCCUGUCCUGGGUGAGGGAUGGCAUCCUGGUGGUGGGCAUGGACUGUGAAAUGCAUGUGUAUGCUCAGUGGCAUCAGGACAAGAAGCCCGGGGAGGGAGAGGAAGGAAACCUAUCAUCCGCAGACAUUGCUGGAGGUCAAACCACGACCUCCUCGGCCUUUGAAGGCAGAGCCAGGUCUAAGAGUGUGUUUGAAGGGAGUGUCGCAGUGGAUGAGGCCCUUCGUGCCCCAGCAGGUCUUCAGGAAGGGGGACUGUUUGAAGCAGCUCACUCCCUGUCUCCAACUCUACCCCAAUACCAUCCCACCCAGCUGCUGGAACUCAUGGACCUGGGCAAGGUUCGCCGUGCCAAGGCCAUCCUCGCUCACCUGGUGAAGUGUAUUGCUGGGGAAGUCGCUGUGGUGAGGGAUGUGGAGGCAGGUGAGGGCGGAGCCAGGAGACAUCUGUCCCGUACCAUCAGUGUGACUGGCAGCACAGCAAAAGACACCAUUGUGGCUGGCCGCGAUGGGGGCAGGGACUACACAGAGAUCAACUCCAUCCCUCCCUUGCCCCUCUAUUCCCUCAUGUUGGCUGACCUAGACACCUCGUACAAGGGAGCAGAAGAGGCUGCUAAGGGGGCCGAUGGUGAGGGGUCCCAGAAGUCGGCAGAGGACCAGUAUUCUGACCUCUUCCAGAUGCAAGCAGUCACCACGGAUGAUUUUGUGAACUUUGCCACCGACAAACCAGAGAAGAAGUCUCGAGUUAUCAACCUUUCUCAAUAUGGACCUACUUACUUUGGACUGGAACAUGCUCAGGUAUUGUCCAGUCACCUCAUGCACUCCAGCCUCCCAGGACUGACCAGACUAGAGCAGAUGUUCUUGGUGGCCCUGGCUGAUACUGUUGCAACCACCAAUGCUGAGGUCACCAGCUCCACUGAUCAAAAAUGCACAGGUGGCGAGGCUCUCGAUGAGUGUGGACUGAGGUACCUGCUGGCCAUGCGUCUUCACACCUGCUUGCUGACCUCUCUGCCACCUCUCUACCGCAUGCAGCUGCUCCACCAGGGCCUAUCAACAUGCCACUUUGCUUGGGCCUUCCACUCAGAGGCGGAAGAAGAGCAGCUUAACAUGAUCCCAGCCAUGCAGAGAGGCGACCCACAGUGGUCUGAGCUCAGAGCUGUCGGAGCGGGUUGGUGGAUACGCAACAUCAACACACUGCGGAAAAUGGUGGAGAAGAUCGGUAAAGCUGCGUUCCAGAGACACAACGACCCUUUAGAUGCUGCUCUGUUCUACUUGGCCAUGAAGAAGAAAGCUGUCCUCUGGGGGCUCUUCAGGUCUCAACAUGAUGAUAAGAUGACUAAGUUCUUCAAGAACAACUUCACUGAAGACCGCUGGCGAAAGGCAGCUCUGAAAAAUGCUUUCUCCCUGUUGGGAAAGCAGCGCUUUGAACAGUCUGCUGCCUUUUUCCUACUGGCUGGAUCACUCAAAGACGCCAUAGAGGUGUUGAUGGAGAAGAUGGAGGAUAUCCAGUUAGCCAUGAUAGUAGCAAGGCUGUAUGAGGCUGACUUUGAGAACUCAUCCACCUGCCAAGGCCUCCUUCACGAGAAGGUCCUGGGCUGUAACAGGGACGGAAGUGGUUACCACUGUUCACGGCUGCACCCUGACCCAUUCCUCCGCAGCAUAUCCUACUGGAUCAUCAAGGAUUACACGCGAGCUCUGGACACACUGUUGGAACGAAUCCCCAAAGAGGAUGAUGAGAACCCUGAUGUGAUGGUGAAAGCUUGCAACCCUGUGGUGUUUAGUUUCUAUAACUACCUGAGGACACACCCUUUGAUCAUCCGUCGCCACUUGGCAAUUCCAGAGGGCACCGCAACGACCGUGGGCCUCACUGUUGAGAAGAGCAGCGCAGAUGAGAUUAACCUUAUAGAGCGCAAACUGUUCUUCACUACUGCCAAUGCACACUUCAAGGUGGGCUGUCCAGUUCUGGCUCUGGAAGUGCUCUCCAAGAUUCCCAAAGUUACCAAGAAAUCCGGCUCCUCGCCUAUCAGCAAAGCUUCUUCCAAGGCCAACGUAAACUCGACACAAACACUGGAAAAUGGAACCCAGGGUGGCUUGGACUGGAGAUCCCCCGCGGCCCCUGCUGAUGCCUGGGGAGGAAAUGAUAGCGUGGGAGGGUUGGACUGGAGCCAGCCAUUGGUCAAGGUGGAGGAUGACGGCCUGAAGCUGGACUGGGAAGAGAACAAAGAAGAUGAUGAAGAUGAAGAUGAAGAUGAUGACGGUCUGACCAUGAAGAAAACAGAAACUGAGACAGACAGAGGUUUGGAGAGUGGCGCGCCCAAACUGAAGAGGGCAGACUCGCAGGGUGAGUCAGAGGUGGACGUGAUAGCAGAGCAGCUGAAGUUCCGUGCCUGUCUGAAGAUCCUGAUGACAGAACUGCGCACGCUGGCCACGGGCUUUGAGGUGGAUGGCGGAAAGCUCCGCUUUCAGCUCUACAGUUGGCUGGAGAAGGAGAUCGCAGCUAUGCAUACGAUCUGCAACUACAAGGUGGAGGGUAAGGAGGAAGAUUCAGAGGUGGAGAGGUGGAGAGAGCGUACAGCAUCAGUGGAUGUAUCGGACGACACCCUGGAUCGCACAGAGGCGGGGGCCUACGAGCGUCACCAGAUGGAGCGACGUCGUCUUCAGGCGAAGCAGCAGCACUCUGAGAGGCGCAAGGCGUGGCUGAGGAAGAACCAGGCCCUGCUGAGGGUGUUUCUGUCCUACUGUAGUCUUCAUGGAGCCAAGGGAGGAGGAGUCACCUCUGUUCGCAUGGAGCUUCUCUUCCUUCUGCAGGAGAGCCAACAGGAAACCACAGUGAAGCAGCUGCAGUCUCCUCUGCCUCUGCCUACUACACUGCCUCUGCUAUCAGCUUGCAUUGCCACCACCAAGACGGUCAUAGCCAAUCCAGUUCUCCACCUCAGCAACCACAUUCACGACAUCCUCCACACCGUCACCUACAUGGAGAACCCGCCGCAUCCCGACCUCAUGGAUGAUCGGGUGAAUGCUCUGCACACACUUGCAGCAUCUCUGUCCGCUUGCAUCUAUCAAGCACUGUGUGACAGCCACAGCUACAGCAGCCAGACGGAGGCCAACCAGUUUACAGGGAUGGUGUACCAGGGCUUGUUGCUCAGUGAGAGGAAACGACUCCGCACAGAAAGCAUCGAAGAACAUGUAACUCCCAACUCCGCUCCUGCACAGUGGCCAGGUGUGUCGUCCCUGAUUUCUCUGUUGACGUCUGCCAGAGAGGAGGACCAGCCGAGGCUCAACGUGCUGCUGUGUGAAGGGGUCAUGGCUGUUUAUCUUGCACUGCUCAUUCACGGCCUGGGCACUCACAGCAGCAAUGAACUUUUCCGCCUGGCAGCACAUCCCCUCAACACCCGCAUGUGGGCCGCCGUCUUUGGGGGAGGGGCCAAACUCGUUAUUAAGCCAAAGAGGCCUGAGGGCCCACCAGUGGCAGCUGAUUUUGAGGCAGCCAGGCCAGAGGACUCUCAAGAGGCAGGAAGACCUGAGCAGAGCAACCUCACCCCAAACCCCACUCCCAUCCCCACAGACACCCAGCGCCCCAAACGACCCCCUCCUCCCGUUUCAAAGGGAGAGGGGUUGGGCACUGUGGCACCAGCAACUAAGGCCAGCUUUGCUCCCCCUCAGACCCCAGCGGAGGAUGUGGACCGAUACAGACGUAGGUUCAACAUGAGGAUGCUCGUUCCUGGACGCCCUGUAAAGGAGACGCCAGCCGCCCCGCCUCCUGUUCCCACAGAGAGACCCGCCUACAGGGAGAAAUUCAUUCCUCCUGAGCUGAGCAUGUGGGACUACUUUGUGGCCAAACCCUUCCUGCCGCUUUCAGACAGCAACGCUCUGUGUGACUCAGACGAAAGCGGUGCAGAGGAGGACGAAGAUGAUGACGACGCCUUCCUUUCUGACACACAGAUAACGGAGCACUCUGACCCCAACUCCUACAGCUGGGCUCUGAUCCGCCUGGUUAUGGUGAAACUGGCUCAUCACAACGUCAAGAACUUCCUCCCUCUCACUGGCCUUGACUUCACAGACCUGCCAGUCACCUCCCCUCUCAGCAACGCUGUGUUGAAGACUUUAGAGAACUGGGAGCAGCUUCUGCUGGAGCGAAUGAACAAGUUUGACGCCCCGCCUCCCAACUACAUCAACACUUUCCCUACUGACCUCAGUGCAGGCGGUGGCCCCGCCAUUCUCCGACACAAGGCCAUGCUGGAGCCAGACAACACACCCUUCAAGACGAAGAACCAGCAGUCCUUUCCAGCCCGACGUCUUUGGCAUUUCCUGGUCAAACAGGAAGUUCUUCAAGAGACUUUGAUCCGUUACAUCUUUACUAAGAAAAGGAAGCAGUGUGAGUCUGUAGAUAACCAUAUGGACCGUAUAAACCCAAACUGCAUAGCAGGAGCUAGCAGUCCAUAUAAGGUGGAGGCAGAUCUGGGCUACCCAGGAGGCAAGGCUAAAAUCAUUCAUAAGGAGUCUGAUAUAAUCAUGGCAUUUGCCAUCAAUAAGGCUAACUCCAACGAGAUAGUGUUGGCCUCCACUCAUGAUGUCCAGGAGGUAGACGUGUCUACCCUGGUGGCUGUCCAGCCCUACACCUGGAUAGGGGACGACUUUGAUAAGGAGUCCCGCAGCUCUGACGACGUAGACCAUCGUUCUUCUCAAACCAACAUUGCCCAGACUACCUCCGUCCCCUUUGCACCACCACAGAUGCAGGUCUCUGCGUCCAUGCCGUGGCUUGGCAGUGGGCAGACCAGCAUGGGAGCCAGUGUGAUUAUGAAGAGGAAUCUAAACAACGUGAAGAGAAUGACUUCCCAUCCCUUAUAUCAGUAUUACAUGACAGGGGCUCAGGACGGUAGUGUGAGAAUGUUUGAAUGGAACAGACCUCAGCAGCUAAUUUGCUUCAGACAAGCAGGCAACGCUAGAGUCACCCGGCUCUAUUUCAACUCCCAGGGCAAUAAGUGUGGAGUUGCUGACGGAGAGGGCUUCCUCAGUCUCUGGCAGGUCAACCAGACAUCCUCCAACCCCAAACCCUACCUGAGUUGGCAGUGUCACACUAAGACCUGCGGUGAUUUCGCCUUCAUCACGUCCUCCAGCCUCAUCGCCACUGCCGGACAGUCCAAUGAUAACAGAAAUGUUUGCCUGUGGGAUACUCUGAUUUCACCUAGCAAUACCAUGAUCCAUGCAUUCCCCUGCCAUGAGAACGGGGCCACUGUGCUGCAGUAUGCUUCUAAGCAGCAGCUGCUCAUCACUGGAGGCAGAAAGGGCUUUGUGUGCGUGUUUGACAUCCGCCAGAGACAGCUGCUCCACACUUUCCAGGCCCAUGACUCAGCCAUCAAGGCCCUCGCACUGGAUGCCUUCGAGGACUUCUUUGUCACUGGUUCUGCAGAGGGCAACAUGAAGGUGUGGAAGUUAACCGGCCACGGGCUCAUGCACUCUUUUAGCACCGAGCACACCAAGCAGUCCAUCUUCCGCAACAUCGGUGCCGGUGUCAUGCAGGUAGAAACGCGGCCCGGUAACCGCAUCUUCACCUGCGGAGCAGACGGCACCCUGAAGAUGAGGGUCCUCCCUGACCGCUACAACAUCCCCAGCAGCUUGGUCGACAUCCUGUAACGCCUACUUCCACUUCUGAGGGUCCAAAGAGGAAAGAGACGGAAAGAAAAAACACAAAAAGCUUACGUAACACUCGCUAGGCAUUAAUAGUAUAAUUGAAGGGGGAAGAGUUGGUCAAAAGAUCUCCAUGCUUUUGGCAUCUUUCAGAGUGUGCCGUGUUCAUGGGUUUACUGAUGUAAAUCAUAUCCACAGUGGAAAACGGAGCUGCAAAUGUUUAGUUUUUUUUCCCUAAAGGCUGAAUGCAAAGUUACAAGCAAAAGGUAUCAUACUUGAUUUUAAAAGCUAGAUUUAUUGUAAUUUUAUUGAAGAAUCUCUACUCUUAGAGUGUGUCCAUAGGGAAGCUAUGCAUGUCCUGUUCUUGUUACGCGGUGCAAUCACAGGUCUAUUGAUAGUGCUCUGUAAAAGUGCUCAAGCAAAAAUUUUAAAAGUGUGUAACUGUCGUCAUUUUGUGCCCACAGCUGAAAUCUUAGCAUCUACUGUAACCAGCACUGUGGUUUGUUAUUAAGUCAGUGGUUUCCAGUGUGAAUCGAGUUGUUGGAAUCUGCAUUUAGUUUCGAUGGUUUUAACCCUCCUCUCCCCCCCCCUGCCUUUUUACCCGGCUUUUCUCAGUCCUUAUGGAAGAGAUGAUGGUGCAUUAUCCUCCCCCCCCCCCCUUCACUGUGUGUGUGUGUGUGUGUGUGUGUGUGUGUGUGUGUGUGUGUGUGUGUGUGUGUGUGUGUGUGUGUGUGUGUGUGUGUGUGUGUGUGUGUGUGUGUGUGUGUGUGUGUGUGUGUGUGUGUGUGUGUGUGUGUGUAUCUGCGCGUGUACUCUGCAGUAUCUGCCAUCUGUACGCCUGCCCGCCCACCUGCCCUCAAAUGCCUGUUUGUUUGGCCGACUCACUGCUAGAACAUUCCUGUUUGGAAGAUGAUGUGUUUUACUUCUGUGACUGUGAUUUCAAUGUUUCCAUCUGUCUGGUCCAAACCUGAAUGCCCACCCACCGCAGAAACACAAAGGUUCACUUCUGGUUUUGCACACGAUAUUCUUGAAUUAUUUUUUUCUUUUCUUUUCAUUUAAUUGUAUUGUUUAAAUUAUUUAUGUGUUUGUUUGGUUGACCAUUCCUAUUUAACUUAUUGCCUUUUAUUUUAGGAAUGUAAGGGGUUUUACUGCAUCUGACUGGGAGAUGUGCAACACAGUCUACUGUAUGUAAGUGUGUGUGAUACCUCGCUAGUUGUUUUUACUGUUUCAUCUAUAAGGAAUAGAUAUUUGCACUCAAAUUCUGGAGACACUAAAAAUUUAUUUCAAAUAAAUAGGAUAUUGAAGAAGAAACUGUUAUAUACAAAUGAAUGUCUGGCUUUAUUUGGCCUAGUAGUAAAAUGUUGAAAUAGUUUUAAUAUAUAAAUUAUAUAAAUAUAUAUAUAUAUAAAUUAUAUAAAUAUAAAUUAUAUAUAUAUAUAUAAAAUAUAUAUAUAAAUAUGAAAUACCACAACAGCUUGUACAAACAUGAAAGCGUUUCUUUAUUUUUGGUUUGUAUCAUACCAGCUGGAUUAGUUGUAACUUUUGUUAAGUGUAUCUAUGGUAUUUAUUAAAGAGAUUUGUGUUUCUCUCCCUCUUUCGACCCACUAUGUGUACUGUAUGUAGCUUAAGUGUUUUACCAAUGGUCCUACUGGUGUGUAUGUGUGUGUGCAUGUAAUAAUGCAAAAGAAGCCAAUAUCAUGGGUAGACACUUACAAGGGCACUUGAGCCUGGAGGACUGAGAGAACAGGUCAUGGUCAGAGUUUUACCUUUGUAAAGUGAAUAAAUUCUUUUUAUUUCAUCA